AUGGCUCGCAAGCGUAAGGCAGUGACCGAGGACGACGACGAGGCUUUGCAGGAGCUGUCAGACGACAGUUCUGAGGAAGUCUUGCAGCGGGCCACACGGAACCGCCGACCAACUGUGAAGCAAGCGAAACUGAACUUGGACGCCCAACGUGCAGCAGUAGACAAGCAAUUCAGAGAGCUCAAGGAGCAGAUGAAGGUCAUCCAGAAAGCGGCUAAGGAACUUCGAGAAGGCAAGCAGGUCAAUCUCGCCUUCCUGCCAGAACAACCAGAGAACAGCACUGCCUCGCCCGAGCUUGACGUCGAGAGCGAAGAAGAGGACGGAGACGUCCUCAGAGAACGGCAAAAUGAGUCGAAGUUCAAGUCCCGGGGGCUGUAUCCUGCGCCACUCCCUGCAGGACAACGCCUCCGACGCGAGGGAGAAAAGGCUAUGCUGCGUACCACUUCAGCGGCGGUCAGUGCGACCAGUUCAAGCGGUAGUGGGGAUAGUACUGCAAUGUCCGCCUUGAUGGCCGACCAAGCCACCACUGAGUCAACGUCGUCUUCUGUGACUCUGCUGGCAAUUGCGCCUGCCCCCUCAGGGUCAUCGGCUAACCCCCAGGAUGCGCCUUCAUUUGAUGACUCUGCAUCUCGGGGCUCUUCAGUCUCCCUCCUGUCGUCGACCCCAGUCGCUCGCGUUCGCGCUCUGCAGUCCACCAUGAUCGCGCCCACUCGCACACCCGAUCACAUAGCUAUGAACGCGCUCCUGUACGUUACCGUGAUCGCUCUCAAGACCGUGACCGCCGAGGCUCUCGCGACCGCCACCGACACUCUCGAGGCCGCGGUCGCUCUCGGGACCGUUACAGACGCAGCCGGUCACGCUCUCCACGCUACUACCGCCAGCGGAGCCACUCUCUGUCAUACGCUCAUGGCGCGCGUUCCCGGUCGCAAUGGUAAGGUCCCUUCAGGCAAACCAAAGGCGAGCCAUUACGAGCCUCGCGUGGCCAAGCUGGUCAACCACGCCUGCCACCAGUUCGAGGUACUACUGGCUACAGAACAACCGUUCCCUGAGCCAGGAGUGUCUGUUCAAUGGGCAACCCGCGUGUGGACCGAUGUUUGCCAUGCCGUCCAGAUGAACUAUGUGCUUUCGGAUAGCAUUGAGAAAGUGAUCACUGCGCGCGCUUCUCAUGCCCGCGGCGUUCUGCGGGACAAGAUCCGCCCUCUUAUUGCGCAGACAUACGGGUUCAUUUCCGAUGGGACUGAGCGUGCGAAGGUCAAGAAUAUUGCGCUGUACACCUCUCUGUUAGACCGUGAUGCUCAGCUCGAAGCGGAGCCGCGUUUCCAUUACAAGGACGUCGAGACGAAGCAAGGCUUCGCGCAGAACAAGAUCAUCACAACCGUCAACAAAGCGCAGUGGUUCGCGGACACUGGGGCAGCUGGCGUCAAGUACAGCAGCCAGUUCUCACCUCUUCGCGAAGUGACCAUCGCAUUCAUAUUCACGACCAUCGAGUUCUGCCUGGACCAAUGGGCCUCCGGGCAUUACGACAAGCACCUUACCUAUUCCGAUAAGGUGUACCGCCCGAAGUACGCUGUCCAUCUCCAGCACGUCAAAGACUGGUGUGACAUCAAUUGCGAUGCGACGCGUGCGAUCCGGCAGCGUAUGUAUGACCGCGCAAGGCGAUCGUCAGGAGCACCACCGGAGAUGACAGCUCUCAGCGGCCUCUCCGAUGCAUCCCGCGACCGUCUCCGCCUCGAGAUUGAGGCCCAAGCUACUGCUCAAGCCUCGGACGACGACGAUUAG